AUUGGAUGCCUGAAUUGAUUGUGUAUCUAGAACCUACAAAGUCCACUCCUUUACAACAAUGUCUAAAUAAUAUUCUAGAAAAGGUGGCACCUGAGUACUAUUUAUCAACAGCAACCAAGUAUCCUGUUCAUAUCAGCGUCACAGGGUUUUUUACAGUGGACACAAUGGCUGAUGUGGAUUUUAUCAAGGACACCUAUCACAAUAUACUGACUUCCAAGUUUCCAUCUGGAGAACAUACGCCAUCAACAAUCUUCAUCAAUUCGGCUCCAUUGCUUGUAUCAACUCCAGCUCAAGGCGUACAACAUCAACAACAAGAAGAAGAAGGAGAAGAUAGGAAAUCGCAUGCUUUAUCAUCAAAACACCUUUUACUUCCUGUGGAAAUACCAAAGGAGCAUCAUGAACGUCUUAUGAAAUGCGCGCAAAUUAUCAACAAUCACUACUACAACAAUGGAAAAGGAAAUAUGAUGAUUCGAUCUAAACGUAUAGAUCAUAUCAGCUUGGCUUAUUGGGACGAACCAAAUGCAACAGAGUUUGAAACAAAUCAAUGGCUUCAAUGGUCCAACGGAUCACAAGUUGGAAUUAUGAUACAAGAUAUAAUCAAUCGAUUGAAGGAUCUUUUGGAUGAUGAUACUGACAAAUAUAUAGCAACAAACUUGACAGCUUGGGAUAUUGUUUUGUAUGAAAGGACAUUCAAAGGAACUCAUAUUGGUGAACGUCAUAGAUUCAAAGAAAUAGCAAGAUGGAUCGCAACCAUCUAGUUACAUCAUCACUCUUUUUCUCUCUAUUUUUUAUUUUUAUACAUAGAAACCAUAGAAUAUAGUAUAGUUUAGAUAGUUUUGUAUACCUAGUUUAGUUUAGCCUUCAGUUUGAAGCAUGAUUUUUUUUUUCGCGCUCAGAAUAAAAGGUUCUUUUUUUUUUUUU